GGAAGAUUAAAUAAAUAAAUAAAUAGGAAAAACAAAAAAAGAGAAGAAGAAAAAUCUUCAUCGAUCUUCAUCUUUAUUUACUAAUCCACCAUUCUCGUUCUUCUUCACUGUGAAUUUUGAGUCCAAUGAUCGUCGUCACUACCUGAAUUUUCCCUCCGCCGUAGUCACUUUGAAGAAGAAGAAGAAGAAGAAGAAAAAAAAGUUUUAACAGUUGGUUCUACUGGAGUUUUUUUUUUCUUUUUCUGGUUUCACACUUGUUGACUCCUUCACUGGCCAAACAAAAAAAAAAACUCUCGGAAGAGUCUUCUUCAUAGGGAAGAGUGUUAAAAGGUAAGGAGCGAUGUUCAAGGAAGCUGGCUUAAGAAGCUUAGGAGAGGAUGUUGUUGGUUCGAGGUGGACUAUUGGUAAUCGGAAACUGGAUGCUAAGUCUGCUGCCAAUACCAAUUCUGGUCAUCCUUUUGGAUUUAAGAGUGCGCCUCCAUUGUCCUCUGCAACUAAACCCGCCGCUAGAGGUAAUAAUAAUAACUAUGGUGGCUCAAGUUCAGAUGAAGAGACAUUCGAGAGGCAACACUCACCUCAACGCUCUCCUCAAGAUUAUAAAAUUCAUGUUCGUUUGCCUCACGUAUAUAAUAUGGCAGCUCAAAAUGGACUUGGACGUAAUGGUGCAAAGGUCUUUGGUGCUGAUGAGUUUUCAGACUCAGCUACAAGCACUGAAGUUUCAUAUGAAGCAGAAGCUUGUGGUGUGCGGAACAAUGUAUCUUCCCAUAAUGAAUUUGAAAGAAGAAAUGUUGAGGCUGGAACUUCAGGAAGGCCCCAGAACGGGACAAUCACUUCAACCAGUUCAUUGCCUCGUUUUCCCACCUUUCAUGCCAGUGAGCAAGGUCCAUGGUCUGCCAUGAUUGCCUAUGAAGCCUGUGUGCGGCUAUGUCUUCAUUCAUGGUCAACAGAUAGUGUCAGCGAAGCUUCUUACUUCCUGAACAAUGAAUGCAAGAUAAUGAGGAAUGCAUUUAGUUUGCAGAGGUUUUUUCUUCAAUCUGAAGAAGAGUUACUGGGAAAGGGACCUUCUGAGUUGGUUACCGAGACAUCUGCUCCAAAAUCUAAGAAGACUAUUGGAAAGAUUAGACUCCAAGUUCGUAGAAUUAAAAUGGGAUUAGAUCCACCUCCUGGCUGUAACAUUGCAACACUAAAGGUCUCCAAGGAAAAACUCGAUGUUGUUCGUCACCAUAUUGAGGAACUGAAUUCGACUUUAUCUUCUGGCUGGAAAGCAGCCAAGAAAGUUCAUGUCACUCCCCAAGUUCCUCUUAAUGGUUCACUUUCGCGUCAAAGUUUGGCUUACCUGCAGGCUGCUGCUCGCUACCUUAAGCAGGUUUCCAAGGCCGUUAAAAACGAAAUUGUUACAUCUCACACUGGACCGCAGACUUAUGAAGCAGUACAAGAAACAUAUUCAUGUUCAUUGAGGUUAAAGAGCUCUGCUGAAGAGGAUCAAAUUAAGACGCAACCUGGAUCUGGCGAGACGUUUAUUUUUUUACCAGAUAGUCUUGGUGAUGAUUUGAUUACCGAAGUUCGAGAUUCGAAGGGGCAACUUCUUGGCCGUGUCGUAGCUCAGCUAGCAGCUAUAGCUGAUGAUCCGCAGAGUGACAAACUGCGAUGGUUGCCAAUAUAUCAUGAACCAGAGCAUGAACUAAUUGGGAGAAUCCAACUUCAGUUUACUUACUCAAGUAGUUUAGAUGAAAAAACCAAAUGUGGGUUAGUGGCAGAAACUUCAGCGUAUGAUCUUGUCCUCGAGGUGGCUAUGAAAGAGGAACGGUUUCAGCGAAAAAAUUUAUUGUUUAAGGGACCAUGGCAUUGGAUGAUAACUCGAUUUGCAUCCUAUUACGGCGUUUCAGAUGCAUACACUAGAUUAAGAUAUCUUUCUUAUGUCAUGGAUGUCGCAUCGCCUACCAAGGAUUGUCUUGAUCUGAUUUAUGAUUUUCUACUCCCUAUUAUAAUGAAAAGCAACUACAAGGCUGUAUUGAGUCAUCAAGAGAAUCGAUUACUUGGGGAAAUUGACGAACAAAUUCAACAGAUUCUCGCUUCAGCAUUUGAGAAUUAUAAAUCACUUGAUGAACUGUCUUUCUCCGGGAUGAAAGAUGUUUUCGAAUCUGCUACGGGGACUCCAGCACCUGCUAUAGAAUCAGCUGUCAAGCUCUAUGGUCUUCGCAAUGAUGUAUUAACCCCUGAGGCACAGUUGAAACUCUGCAGAUAUUUUCAGGCUGCUUCAAAGAAGAGGUCAAGAAGACAUUUAUUGGAAACAAACGAUUUACUCAACCGUAGUGAAGGUGCACCAGUUGAUCCCAUGGCGCUUCCAGCUUCUUAUCAAAAGAUGAAGUCUCUAAUCUUGAGCCUUAAAAAUGAAAUAUCCAGUGACAUAGCGAUCCAUAACUGCAAUGUGCUUCCAAGCUUUAUAGACCUUCCAAAUUAUUCAGCGGCAAUAUAUAGUGUUGAUCUCUGCAAUAGGCUCCGGGAAUUUCUUCUUGUAUGGCCUCCUCCUGGACCAUCACCUGCGGUUGUUGAGCUAGUUAUUACGACUGCUGAUUUUCAGAGAGAUAUAUCUAGCUGGAACAUAAAUCCUAUUAAAGGUGGCGUUAAUGCCAAGGAGCUUUUCUAUUCAUAUAUUACAACCUGGAUUGAAGAGAAAAGACGAGUUUUAUAUGAACUCUGCAAGCUAGAGACGUCAAAAGCAUGUGGCGAGAUUCCGGGAUUGACUUCUCCAUUUGUCGAUGAGAUGUAUGAAAGACUCAAUGGGACACUUGAUGAAUACGAUAUCAUCAUUAGGCGAUGGCCAGAAUACGCAAUAUCCUUGGAGAAAGUUGUAGCAGACUCAGAAAAGGCAAUAGUUGAAGCCAUGGAGAAACAAUUUGCUGAGAUUUUGUCUCCGUUAAAGGAAAGUAAAAUAUUUGGCCUGAAAAUUGUCCAGAAAUUUACCAAAGGCACUCCUAAUCCUUAUUCUGUUCCAAAAGAGCUUGGAGUUCUUCUCAACUCAAUGAAAAGAGUGCUUGACAUUUUACGCCCGAGUAUAGAGAACCGAUUCAAAUUGUGGAAUUCAUAUAUCCCUGAUGGAGAAAAUAGAGUCUUGGGAGAGCGGUUAAGUGAGGUGACAGUUUUGUUAAGAGCCAAAUUCAGAAGUUAUAUGCAAGCGCUUGUGGAGAAACUCGCAGAGAAUACGAGGAUACAAAGUCAGAUGAAGCUAAAGACCAUCAUCCACGACUUAAGAGAAACCACAGCAGAACCGGAUGUUAGAAACAGAAUGACGGCAUUGAAGGAUUUGCUAGACAAAACAAUCGAUCAUCUACACGGUGUUUUCUUACCCGAUGUGUUUGUGUCAAUCUGCAGAGGAAUCUGGGACCGAAUGGGACAGGAUGUGCUUCGUCUUUUGGAAGAUAGGAAAGAUAAUGUGACUUGGCACAAAGGACCGAGGAUCGCAGUUUCUGUUUUAGAUGAAAUAUUUGCGACACAAAUGCAAAGCUUGCUUGGAAACGCAUUGAAGCCGGAGCACUUGGAGCCACCAAGAUCAAUGAUGGAACUCAGGUCUAUGCUAUGCAAAGAUUCUACAAAUCACAGAGAAGGAGGCUACAACUACUAGCAUCAGUGAUAGCCGGUGAAGAAUCUGGUUCUUUUUGUUUUACUGUGUUUGAUUCAUUGGCAUUGUAUGGUAUGGAGAAGUUAUGGGUUUUGCUAAGCGCAAAUGUAGUUAAAAAAAAAGGUUAAACAGAGAGUGUAACUGUACUGUAUGUAGUAAAAAGUUGAAAAGAAAAGAAAAAGAGACUCACAUUUUGUAACAACGGAGUUUAGUGAUGCAAAUCGUU